AUGUGGGAUCACUGCGGAACCACUACCAACAGUAACGAGGAGCCAGAAAUGACUCCAAACCCACUCCCACGCAAAACAGUUUCUAUUCUAAAUAAUGUGGGAUCACGCGGAACCACUACCAACAGUAACGAGGAGCCAGAAAUGGCUCCAAACCCACUCCCAUGCAAAACAGUUUCUAUUCUAAAUAAUGUGGGAUCACGCGGAACCACUACCAACAGUAACGAGGAGCCAGAAAUGACUCCAAUCCCACACCCACGCAAAACAGUUUCUAUUCUAAAUAAUGUGGGAUCACGCGGAACCACUACCAACAGUAACGAGGAGCCAGAAAUGACUCCAAUCCCACACCCACGCAAAACAGUUUCUAUUCUAAAUAAUGUGGGAUCACGCGGAACCACUACCAACAGUAACGAGGAGCCAGAAAUGACUCCAAUCCCACACCCACGCAAAACAGUUUCUAUUCUAAAUAAUGUGGGAUCACGCGGAACCACUACCAACAGUAACGAGGAGCCAGAAAUGACUCCAAUCCCACACCCACGCAAAACAGUUUCUAUUCUAAAUAAUGUGGGAUCACGCGGAACCACUACCAACAGUAACGAGGAGCCAGAAAUGGCUCCAAACCCACUCCCACGCAAAACAGUUUCUAUUCUAAAUAAUGUGGGAUCACGCGGAACCACUACCAACAGUAACCAGGAGCCAGAAAUGGGUUCAAACCCACUCCCACGCCAAACAAUUUCUAUUCUAAAUAAUGUGGGAUCACGCGGAACCACUACCAACAGUAACGAGGAGCCAGAAAUGGCUCCAAACCCACUCCCACGCAAAACAGUUUCUAUUCUAAAUAAUGUGGGAUCACGCGGAACCACUACCAACAGUAACGAGGAGCCAGAAAUGACUCCAAACCCACUCCCACGCAAAACAGUUUCUAUUCUAAAUAAUGUGGGAUCACGCGGAACCACUACCAACAGUAACGAGGAGCCAGAAAUGGCUCCAAACCCACUCCCACGCAAAACAGUUUCUAUUCUAAAUAAUGUGGGAUCACGCGGAACCACUACCAACAGUAACGAGGAGCCAGAAAUGGGUCCAAACCCACUCCCACGCAAAACAGUUUCUAUUUUAAAAAACGUGGGAUCACGCGGAACCACUACCAACAGUUACGAGGAGCCAGAAAUGACUCCAAUCCCACACCCACGCAAAACAGUUUCUAUUCUAAAUAAUGUGGGAUCACGCGGAACCACUACCAACAGUAACGAGGAGCCAGAAAUGACUCCAAUCCCACACCCACGCAAAACAGUUUCUAUUCUAAAUAAUGUGGGAUCACGCGGAACCACUACCAACAGUAACGAGGAGCCAGAAAUGGCUCCAAACCCACUCCCACGCAAAACAGUUUCUAUUCUAAAUAAUGUGGGAUCACGCGGAACCACUACCAACAGUAACGAGGAGCCAGAAAUGGCUCCAAACCCACUCCCACGCAAAACAGUUUCUAUUCUAAAUAAUGUGGGAUCACGCGGAACCACUACCAACAGUAACGAGGAGCCAGAAAUGACUCCAAUCCCACACCCACGCAAAACAGUUUCUAUUCUAAAUAAUGUGGGAUCACGCGGAACCACUACCAACAGUAACGAGGAGCCAGAAAUGACUCCAAUCCCACACCCACGCAAAACAGUUUCUAUUCUAAAUAAUGUGGGAUCACGCGGAACCACUACCAACAGUAACGAGGAGCCAGAAAUGACUCCAAUCCCACACCCACGCAAAACAGUUUCUAUUCUAAAUAAUGUGGGAUCACGCGGAACCACUACCAACAGUAACGAGGAGCCAGAAAUGACUCCAAUCCCACACCCACGCAAAACAGUUUCUAUUCUAAAUAAUGUGGGAUCACGCGGAACCACUACCAACAGUAACGAGGAGCCAGAAAUGACUCCAAUCCCACACCCACGCAAAACAGUUUCUAUUCUAAAUAAUGUGGGAUCACGCGGAACCACUACCAACAGUAACGAGGAGCCAGAAAUGGCUCCAAACCCACUCCCACGCAAAACAGUUUCUAUUCUAAAUAAUGUGGGAUCACGCGGAACCACUACCAACAGUAACGAGGAGCCAGAAAUGACUCCAAUCCCACACCCACGCAAAACAGUUUCUAUUCUAAAUAAUGUGGGAUCACGCGGAACCACUACCAACAGUAACGAGGAGCCAGAAAUGGCUCCAAACCCACUCCCACGCAAAACAGUUUCUAUUCUAAAUAAUGUGGGAUCACGCGGAACCACUACCAACAGUAACGAGGAGCCAGAAAUGACUCCAAUCCCACACCCACGCAAAACAGUUUCUAUUCUAAAUAAUGUGGGAUCACGCGGAACCACUACCAACAGUAACGAGGAGCCAGAAAUGGCUCCAAACCCACUCCCACGCAAAACAGUUUCUAUUCUAAAUAAUGUGGGAUCACGCGGAACCACUACCAACAGUAACGAGGAGCCAGAAAUGGCUCCAAACCCACUCCCACGCAAAACAGUUUCUAUUCUAAAUAAUGUGGGAUCACGCGGAACCACUACCAACAGUAACGAGGAGCCAGAAAUGACUCCAAUCCCACACCCACGCAAAACAGUUUCUAUUCUAAAUAAUGUGGGAUCACGCGGAACCACUACCAACAGUAACGAGGAGCCAGAAAUGACUCCAAUCCCACACCCACGCAAAACAGUUUCUAUUCUAAAUAAUGUGGGAUCACGCGGAACCACUACCAACAGUAACGAGGAGCCAGAAAUGACUCCAAUCCCACACCCACGCAAAACAGUUUCUAUUCUAAAUAAUGUGGGAUCACGCGGAACCACUACCAACAGUAACGAGGAGCCAGAAAUGGCUCCAAACCCACUCCCACGCAAAACAGUUUCUAUUCUAAAUAAUGUGGGAUCACGCGGAACCACUACCAACAGUAACGAGGAGCCAGAAAUGACUCCAAUCCCACACCCACGCAAAACAGUUUCUAUUCUAAAUAAUGUGGGAUCACGCGGAACCACUACCAACAGUAACGAGGAGCCAGAAAUGACUCCAAUCCCACACCCACGCAAAACAGUUUCUAUUCUAAAUAAUGUGGGAUCACGCGGAACCACUACCAACAGUAACGAGGAGCCAGAAAUGACUCCAAACCCACUCCCACGCAAAACAGCUUCUAUUCUAAAAAACGUGAAAUCACGCGGAACCACUACCAACAGUAACGAGGAGCCAGAAAUGGCUAAACCACCACGUCCACUCAAAAGAGUCCAUUUCUCCCCAGAUGUUGGGGAAGAAAUCAUCCUCGAGGAAACGGAAGAAAUCCCAGCGAACCAGCCUAGAGGAUCGUGGUACAACAGGAUCAAGAAGUUCAUUUUUGGAAGAUCUACUUCCACCAGGACCAGAGGCCCAAGAAAUUCAAACUCUUGA